ACCUACCCCGGUUUACCAACUGUCAGCAGGUGGCUAGUUGAGUAGCAAGUCGGAAGUACGGUUUUACGUUUAAGCAGCUAUUGACUGUAUAUAUCUGCCCACGGCUUUGUAUUUAUGGUGGCGUGUCGUUGGCUGUGUUACCGUAGGUAACGUCCUAUGAAAAGGGAGUCCUCAGUGAAUGACUGACUUCGCGAGUGCGUGGCCACUGGCUAGCUAGCGAAGAGGAGGGUGGGGACAAAAACUUCCAGACCUCGCCCAAUCUUGCUUCAUUUCAGGAGGCAGCUACUCUCUCGGCGGUGUGAGGACACCCACACCUCUAAAACCUAUAAAUAUUAAAGGGGAGUACGGGCGAAAAGCAGCAACAUGUUCAGGAAAAACUUGAAAAAGGAUCCCGAGCUGUUUCAGAACGUGUCGGAGGGGCUGCGACGGCUUUACCGGACCAAAUUGUUCCCGCUGGAGGACACGUAUCGAUUCCACGACUUCCACUCCCCAGCCCUCGAAGAUGCCGACUUCGAUAACAAGCCCAUGGUCCUCCUGGUGGGCCAGUACUCCACCGGGAAGACCACGUUCAUCCGGCACCUCAUGGAACAGGACUUCCCUGGUAUGCGGAUUGGCCCGGAGCCGACCACAGACUCUUUCAUCGCGGUGAUGCACGGGGAACAGGAGGGGGUGAUACCGGGUAAUGCCCUAGUCGUUGAUCCCAAGAAGCCCUUCCGCAAGCUCAACGCCUUUGGCAACGCAUUUCUCAACAGGUUCAUGUGUGCCCAGAUGCCUAACCCCGUUCUGGAGAGCAUCAGCAUCAUCGAUACUCCUGGAAUCCUGUCAGGGGAGAAACAGAGGAUAAGCAGAGGGUACGACUUUGCCGCCGUGCUUGAGUGGUUUGCUGAGCGUGUGGACCGCAUCAUCCUCCUGUUUGACGCCCACAAGCUGGACAUCUCUGACGAGUUCUCCGAGGUGAUCCGUGCCCUCAAGAACCACGAGGACAAAAUGCGCGUGGUGCUCAACAAGGCAGACCAGAUCAGCACCCAGCAGCUGAUGAGGGUCUACGGAGCGCUGAUGUGGUCUUUGGGAAAAAUCAUCAACACACCUGAGGUGGUGCGUGUGUACAUUGGCUCAUUCUGGGCCCAGCCCCUGUUGGUGCCAGACAACAGGAAGCUAUUUGAGGCUGAGGAGCAGGACCUUUUUGUGGACAUUCAAUCACUGCCACGUAACGCAGCUCUACGCAAACUUAAUGACCUCAUCAAGCGUGCGCGUCUCGCCAAGGUGCAAGCUUACAUUAUCAGCUCACUGAAAAAAGAGAUGCCAAGUGUGUUUGGAAAGGACACCAAAAAGAAGGAGUUGAUUGCCAACCUGGGAGAAAUCUACCACAAGAUAGAAAAGGAGCACCAGAUCUCGCCUGGAGACUUCCCCAACCUCGCCAAGAUGCAGGAGCUUCUAAACGGUCAGGACUUCACCAAGUUUGCAACACUGAAGCCCAAACUACUGGAGGCGGUGGAGGACAUGCUCGCCAAUGACAUUGCCCGUCUUAUGGCAAUGGUUCGCCAGGAAGAGGCUGCCAUGCCCAGCCAGACCGUCAAGGGUGGAGCUUUUGAGGGAACCAUGAGUGGUCCCUUUGGCCAUGGUUACGGUGAGGGUGCCAGUGAAGGCAUCGAUGAGCUGGAGUGGGUGGUGGGCCGCGACAAGCCCACGUACGAUGAAAUCUUCUAUACCCUCUCUCCCAUCAACGGCAAAGUGUCUGGUGCUGCCGCCAAGAAGGAAUUGUUGAAGUCCAAGCUGCCUAACACAGUCCUGGGAAAGAUCUGGAAGCUGGCAGACGUGGAUAAAGAUGGCUACCUCGACGACGAGGAGUUCGCCCUGGCCAACCACCUGAUCAAGGUGAAGCUGGAGGGCCAUGAGCUGCCACCUACGCUGCCUGACCACCUCGUGCCCCCGUCCAAGCGUGGGAUGGUAGAGGCCUAGAUGCAACCUGCAGUUCAUUAAUGUCAACACAGGACUCUCCAGACAGAGUCCAACUUAAGAUCAAGCUGCAUGUCCACAGCAGAUUUGGAGGUAUUCCUGGAGAAUUUUUCACCAGAGAGAGACUGGAAGAUUUCUGGGCUGGGGGGAGGUGGGAGGGAGGGAGGGCAGGUCCAUCUUUGUGAAUUUGGGGAUAAUGUUUAGUGUGUGUGUAAAAUAAAUGGUGGGAGAAGAUUUUGAUUUGCAGACUGCUAGGACAAUUACUGUAACAUGAACUGAUGGAUAGCUGGAGGUCACACGGGGCUGAACAUGGAUUUAUGCAUCUUGUGUAAAACAUGACUUACAAAUAUACACUUCAUUUUGUUAAGUUGAUCCAAAGAAAUCUAGUUUUUUCCAUUUGGAGAGAGAAAGGAAUCCAAACAGCUGUUAGAUGCGCUUUAUCUAUAUUUUUGUAUUUCCACACUGUUACCUUUCACUCUUUCCAAAAGCUUCCUUUUAUUAUUUUGCCAGAUAAAUAAAAAGGAAUGCUGUACCAUUCAAAAGGUUAUGUGGAUUUGUAUUUAAUAUCGCUGUGACUCUUAACAGUUGUUUGUCAGAAGAAAGCUACUUAUUAAAAUAAAUAUACUAAAUAAAUCUUAACUGAUUCAUA